AUGCUCUCUGGGACCCACCGGGGUCUGAGAAACCGGGUGUCAUUCUCUCUAGCUCCUUGCGACCAUGCCGCAUUCUCUCGCAAUGAGCCCUUUUUACCGUUUUUAUACCCGCGCGGGUUCCUUUUUACACUGACCUGGGAGAGGCAUGGGCAGGGCCCAACCUACCCUUUCAUAUCAGGCAGUAAACGGUUAAAUUCAACUUCCUAUCGUUGCAGAUUUGCCAGCGUCACUCUUGAUACCUCGCGCAAAUAUUCUGGGGAAACACAAUCCUCCAUUUCCGAUUCCCCACCAACGGAUUCAAAUCUUGCGCAGCAUGAUAAAUCAAGCGAAGUUGAUAAUGAAAAUUCAUGGAAACCGGGCGGAUACAAACAAGCCGACAGCAAUGGUCUUGGACCAGGUCCUAGUCCUCAUGGUCCGGUCAUCAUUCGAACUGUCCGUUCUGAGCCGUGGUGGAUUAAUAACCCUCCAGGCGGGAGGCGACAAAAAGAAAAUUACGUAUAUGAGAAAUGGAUGGACAUAAUGAACGAGAUCAAGACUUUACCGAAAGCUGCUGCGGACAAACCCCCUCCCGAGUAUGCCAAAACCAUAUACCUCUCUGAAAGAGAUGUUGUUACCUUAACUGGAUACGAGUGGGAGAACUUGUGGUAUGUCAAAACGUUGAGCGGAUGCCGAGUCCAUGUAUUACCACGGGAACAUGAUUCCGAAGAUUCGAUGCGCAAAAUCGUACUCACGGGUUCUCGGGAGGCUGUUAAAUUGACUGAGGAGGAAAUUCGGGCGGAAAUCCAAGCGUCUUAUGAUUUUGGGAAUUCUCCUGACUCUUUACCCCCUUUUGUGUUUGGACACGAGUGGAAGGGGAAGCAAGAUAUGGAUAUCCCAAGGAUACGGUCUGUCUGGACACGCGGAGAGCGGUUGAUGUCUGACGGGGAAAGAUCUAGGAAUCCGAUCCGGGCAGAUGAAAUACGAAUACCGCAGCAGUGGACUAUUAAAAGUUUUGGCGACUAUGUCGAACGGAUAGUCAAUCUGGCCUUCUCAAGCCCUGUCCAUCGUCAGAUAUAUCAAAAUGGGACUCGAAAUCGAGACGUUAUUAUGGGAAUUAUCCGCGAUUUGUUUACUGAUUCCAAGUUAGGACAGUUCCUGUCUACCCGAGCGGUGAAUUUAGCCAUAUUCUUCUGCUAUCGAUACCCUGACUUUUUACCAGACCUUUUACAGCUAUUUCCUAGAUAUGAGCAUCUGAUGACCACAAGGACUUUCAAUGCACUCCUGAAGGGUUGUUCGAGAAACCAUGACCUGGAGAGAUUUCGUUAUAUCAUCACAUUGAUGAAACGGUUUAGGGUUAGACCGAAUGGUAUGGAAUGGGUGACUUUCGUCGAAACAAUCUUAUCCUCAUCAAUCAAGCAAAAAGUGGUCGCGAGCCUGCGCAACGAUGGACUUUUGAAUGACCAGACUAUCCUCCGUCUUCUCAUAUAUGAGAUCAUUCCUGUUUCCUUCAGAUCUCAUCUGGAUAGCGGCCAAACAGCCCAAGAUUAUUUUGAAGUCAUGGAUAGGAGAUAUGGACAUGACUGGAUGUGUACUGAUAUGGUCAACAGAAUGCUGAGAGUGACGAGAUGCAACAAGGAUGUUGAUGCAGCUCAUCAGAUUAUACGGCGCUCUAAGGAACGGCAUAUACAACUGGAUACGCAGUGCAUGAACUUUUGCCUCGCCUUGUACCUUAACAAGGGCUGGUACCCUCAGGGACUCUCCUUCUAUUUGGACUUUGUCAAUGACUUCCCAAAUGUAGCAGUAAAUAACGAAACUGUCCGCAUUCUUUUUAGCCUAGCCUGGAAAGCUAAAUAUUAUAACACCUGCCGGGUUGUUUGGAGAUAUUCCUGCCUCUUGGGCCUAGCAAGCUCGAACAUGAGACAUCUGGUUUUGUCCUCCCUUCUCCGAAACACCAUCCAUGACCCCGAAAACUACCACCAAGACUGGCACAAGAAAGUUGGUAAGGUCGUUGUCGGGAUCGAAACCAGCGUUGCCGAUAUUGGCACGCGCUUUGACUCUCGUGAUACUGAUGGAUCAACCGAACCUGAUCAACCUCUGUUGGAUGACAACAGCAGCCUCGUGUCAUUGCUGGUAGAUUAUCAACCCAACGGCGAAUUACGGGAUAAGCAGCGGGAACUUGCGAUGAAUGCCAUCGACAGGGAUGCUAGGGCGACGUGGAGCUUUAAGCCUCAGGCAACAUUCGAGUAUAUGAUGUGGCAGGCUCAUGAGAUGGAUAUAGCGUGGCAAUCGACUCCGGGCUCUGCAGACAUGUCUGUUGAUGAACUGGUUCGGAGAGCAAUUGAUGUCCCCGUAGUUAAAAGGCUGAUGGCCGGUAAGUGGAAGAAAAGCCAGGUCUCUGGUAAAAGGGAUGAAAUUGGGGAGGUUUGGGGGGAAGGACAUGAACAAGAUAAAUACAGUGAGGAAGAAAGAGAAUAUGGGAUGGGAGAAUCUGGUUUACAUGCCAAAUCUGCCAGGGCACAGGGGGAGACUAAGGAGAUAAGAUCAACGCGGAGUGGAAAUACGAUUUCGGUGGAGGAGGUUCGGGAUUUUUUGGAAAGACGGGGAAUAUCGUGGACAGGAGGGGAGAAGUCUUCGAAGGGAAGGUAG